UUUUUGCUUUAUAUAUAUAUAUAUAUAUAUAUAUAUUUUUUUUUUUCUGAUGUAAUGUAAUUCAAUCCAAGCCCUUAUAUUCUACUGGGUGUUCAUCCGCUUCAUUUUACCUUCGAAUUCGGUUGUGUCAGGAGCACGGAUUUGUAAGGUGAAUUUGGCUCCUGCAUAUCAUGAAGUAGUGUGAUUUUUAGAUUUUUGGAUUGAAGCCAUUGAAGUUUUGGUUCUGCUAGUCCAUCCCUCGAAAGCUCUGAGGGAGCAGUUGAAUCUCUAUUCCUGUUUCUCUCCUUGUUGAUGAUCAUCUAAGUUGCUCCCAAAUCCAUACGUACUAGAACAGCUAUUCUUUCCGUAUUCAGCUCCUAUUAGCAUAUAUCUGGUCUGGAUCUUAUUUUCAUAACAUUACCAACCAUAAAUCUGCACUGGUUUUACUGAAAGAUGGUUGCAUUCGGGAAAAAGUUGAAGGAAAGACAAAUUCAGGAAUGGCAGGGAUAUUACAUCAAUUACAAAUUAAUGAAAAAGAAAGUGAAACAAUAUUCUCAACAAAUGCAAGUGGGAGCUCAAGAUCGUCGUCAUGUUCUCAAGGAGUUUUCAAGAAUGCUGGAUACUCAGAUUGAAAAGAUUGUCCUCUUUCUGUUGGAACAACAAGGGCUACUUGCAAGCAGGUUAGCUAAGCUUGGAGAACAGCGUACUGCUCUUUUAGAGCAACCAGAUAUAUCCCAAAUAAGUGACUUACGAGAAUCAUAUAGAGCAGUUGGACAAGAUCUUUUGAAGCUUCUAUUUUUCGUUGAGAUGAAUGCUAUUGGUAUCCGUAAGAUACUGAAGAAGUUUGAUAAACGCUUUGGAUAUAGAUUCACUGAUUACUAUGUCACAACUCGUGCUAAUCAUCCAUAUUCUCAGCUGCAACAAGUGUUCAAGCAUGUGGGGCUUGGGGCUGUUGUUGGAGCCAUAUCUCGCAAUCUUGCAGAUCUUCAGGAUCGUCAGGGAAGUUAUUUAUCAAUUUAUGAUCAACCUACACUUACUGUCCAGGAUCCUGUUAUUGAUUCCAUAAAAGCAGCUGUAGACAGGUUAACACAUUCAACAAACUUCCUUCACUUUUUAGGACAACAUGCUCUUAUCAUGCAAGAGGAGUUGCCAACUCCAAUAGAGGAACAAAUUGAUGAUCAGAGAUAUAAUUUUAUGUCCCUUAUUUUGAACCUAGCAAACACAUUCCUUUAUAUGGUUAACACAUAUAUAAUAGUGCCAACAGCAGACAACUACUCCCUCAGUCUUGGAGCUGCAGCAACAGUUUGUGGUGUUGUGAUUGGGUCUAUGGCUGUUGCUCAGGUGUUUUCUUCAGUGUACUUCAGUGCAUGGUCAAAUAAAUCAUAUUUCAGACCUCUUGUGUUUAGCAGUAUUGUUCUUCUCGUGGGAAAUACCUUAUAUGCAUUGGCUUAUGAUUUUAACUCACUAGCAGUUCUUCUAAUUGGUCGUCUAUUCUGUGGAUUGGGCUCUGCAAGAGCUGUUAACCGCCGUUAUAUCAGUGAUUGUGUACCAGUUAAAAUACGCAUGCAGGCUUCAGCAGGUUUUGUUAGUGCAAGUGCUCUUGGGAUGGCAUGUGGUCCUGCUCUUGCUGGAUUACUCCAAACUAGGUUUAAGAUUUACAAAAUCACAUUUAAUGAGGAUACCUUACCUGGUUGGGUGAUGGCUCUGGCAUGGCUAUUUUAUUUACUGUGGCUGUGGAUUUCAUUUAAGGAACCUUCUCAUGAGAGUCAUGAGAACAAUGUAGCACAACAAGUUAGUACUGAAGCAGUUGAAAGCAAACUGGAAAAUGGCCUUACAAAACCUUUGCUUUUAAGUUCAGAAGAGAAGGAAAGAGAUGAAGAUGAUGACCAAGAAGUUGAUGGUAGUGAAGAAGCUCCUGAAGAAUCACAUAGACCUGCCACUUCAAUUGCGUCUGCAUAUCAUUUACUUACACCAUCUGUUAAGGUCCAGCUAUUGAUAUAUUUCAUGCUCAAAUAUGCAAUGGAGAUUUUACUUUCCGAAUCUAGUGUCAUUACAACAUACUAUUUUGGUUGGACAACCAGUUCAGUGGCAAUUUUUCUGGCAUGUCUUGGAUUAACAGUUCUUCCAGUAAAUAUUGUUGUUGGCAGCUACAUCAGCAACAUGUUUGAAGACAGGCAAAUUUUGCUCGCAUCUGAAGUGAUGGUGUGCAUAGGAAUACUGCUGAGCUUCCACAUAAUAAGCCCAUAUUCUGUGCCCCAAUACGUCUUCUCAGCCCUUGUCACAUUCGUAGCUGCUGAAGUUCUUGAAGGUGUCAACCUAUCGCUCCUAUCUCGGGUUAUGUCAUCCAGGCUUGCUCGUGGGACCUACAAUGGCGGACUACUUUCGACAGAAGCUGGUACAUUAGCUCGGGUGGUCGCAGAUGGCACUAUUACGCUGGCCGGGUAUUUGGGUGAAAGCAAGCUCUUGAAUGUUACCUUACUUCCUUCCCUCUUCAUCUGCAUAUGUUCCAUCAUUGCCACCUGCUUUACCUACAACUCCCUCUUCUGAUUUAUUUUCCUUGUAUGAAAGUUUCAAGCAUCUGUUGUUUUCUCCGAAGGGUUUUUCUUAGUCUUUUUUUUUUUUGUUUCAUGUCAAUGUUGUACAGGAAGUUAGAUUAUUUGUUGGUUUAAUAAAGUCUGCUUUCAGUCUUGCUUAUGGAGGGUUUCA